UGUUAUCGCCAUGGCUGUUUCGUGGUAGAGAAGAGAAGCAACAACAGUCAACACAUCCCGCGUCGUCAUCUUCACCGAAAAUUCUUCAUAGAACAUAGAGAGAGAGAACUUUGUCCUACGACGGUUACAAGUAAAAGUUGAUCGUUGUCCCCCUUCCCUUCCUCCCUCGGACUUGAGGCUCCAUCCUGCCAACCUCAGUCACAGUGUUCUUUUGACUAUUUUUCUUCACUCUUGUUCAUUUUGAGGGCUAUCGAUAGAAACUCGCUCGCCUUGACGAGUCGAACCAUAACGCCAUUCAAAAUGUCCAACGACCUCACCGCCAAGAUAAUAUCCUCCUACGGCAACCGGGACCGACAUAGCUCCGGCGGAGGACAUGGAGGACUAGAUGUCAACAGUGCCGCCGCUGGGUGGGAUUCAAGUCGACCCGGAUCGAUAUAUACUUCCUCGAGACAGUCAGCAGCAACACUUCCGAGGGCGGCAAAGAGGAAGUUCAAGAGCUACCGGCUCCGAGGAGAGUAUGAGAAACCAUGGCUUGCUGACCCGGCUAUGAAGAAGACCAGGUGGAACAACUGGAUCGUGAUCGCCUGGUGUCUGGUCGGGUUGGCGGGUGCCGGUCUCAUCUGCUUCAUGGGCAUCAGGCAAUACCAGACUGGACCGUUUUGUCUGGUGUUUGAGGAUGACUUUAAGACGCUGGAUACGAGUGUGUGGACGCACAUGGUGACGCUCGAUGGCUUCGGAACAGGGUCCUUCGACUGGACCACCACCGAUCCCAAGAACUCGUACAUCGAUGGCGAAGGACUGCACAUUGUCCCAACUCUCACCAACGAGACGACGGACAUCAGCAACGACCAGCUCUUUGCCAACUACACGCUCGAUCUGAGGAAAGACAAGUCUUGCACGGGCACAAACAAUGCCUCCUGCAUUGCUAAUUCCGACCCAAAGACGGGUGCCAUGAUCCCACCCGUCCGCUCCGCUCGCCUGGUCACCAAGGACACUAAGACACUCCGGUACGGUCGUGUCGAGGUAGUUGCAAAGCUUCCCAAGGGAGACUGGCUGUGGCCCGCCAUCUGGAUGAUGCCCCAAGACUCCACCUACGGCGUCUGGCCCCGCUCCGGCGAGAUCGACAUCAUGGAAGCGCGCGGCAACGGGUACGACUACCCAGCCGGCGGUCGGGACCUAUACUACGGCUCCCUGCACUGGGGUCCUUCGACUUUGACAGACGCCUACUGGCGUACCACCGCGGCCAAGCGUCUCAAGCGCGGCGAUUUCUCCGAAAGCUUCCACACGUUCGGCCUCGAGUGGGACGAGAAGUACAUAUACUUUUACCUGAACAACCGGCUCACCCAGAUCAUGCACGUCGGGUUUGAUGCGAAAGAGGACCUCUGGAAGAAGGGCGAGUUCUCGACGAUGAAGGAGAAUGAUACCCUCUUUGAGAAUCCGUGGGCGGGAAGUGAUUCCACGACGGGCAAUGCGCCGUUUGAUCAGCCGUUUUAUUUGAUUUUGAAUGUGGCGGUGGGGAGUAAGAUUGGGUGGUUUCCUGACAACAAGGGAAACAAACCCUGGCUUGACUCGGCCACCAACGCGCAGUGGACCUUCUGGUCGGCAGCUGAUCAGUGGUUGCCUACUUGGGGAGAGGGUGAUCAGCGCGGUAUGACGGUGAAGUCGGUUAAAAUGUGGAAGAAGGGUGCUUGCUAGACAUGACAUGGACGUACUUUUUCCUAUUCCUUCCUAGACUGUUUUGUACAACUCUAAUGCCUGGGUUAAUUUGUGAUGUGUGAUGGGGCGGCGAUAGAAUCAAGGUUGGAUGGAUGGAGUAUCUGGUUAGGUAGUCUAUGCGGGUUCUGAACAUUUUGGAAGCAUUGAAAGAAUUACGUCAAGCAACAUGACACAGACUAUGAGG